UGCGCCCCGGUGCUUAUUUCAGUUUUGCUCAACACUUUCCGACAUUUCCUAGACAUGGAAGGCAAUAAUAUGGACGAGCAAGUAUCUGCAUUGGCAGCUAAGCUUGCUCUUGCUGUAGAAGUAACCAUGAGUCCGAGCUGUAGCCAGCAAGAGCGUAUGGAGGCAUUUCGUUUGAUGGAAGAUUUCAAGGACAACUCUCCUCUGUGCCCCGCAGUUGCCUUGCAGUUGGCACAAGACUCUCAGCCUGGUCCUGUGAGGCGUUUUGGCCUCCAAGUCCUGGAGAGCUGCAUCAAGUACCGUUGGACAAAAUUCAGCACCGAUGAUAAAGUCUUCAUAAAGGACAAUGCCAUGCAUCUAAUGGCAUUUCGAACAAGUGAUUUGUUGGAAGAGCCUCAGUACAUCAAGGAUGGCCUGUCUCGUAUCAUUGUCGAGAUGAUCAAACAGGAGUGGCCGCAGCAAUGGCCGGAGAUGUUGGCUGAGCUGGAGGCAUUGUGCCAGAGAGGUCCAACACAAACUGAACUCGUGUUGUUUGUGUUCCUGCGACUCGUUGAAGAUGUGGUAGCAUUCUCGACCGUCCCACAGAAGCGAAGGAGGGAACUACUCGCAGGUCUAACCAGUCAGAUGCUCAACUUGUUCACUUUCUUCAUGAACACUCUUGAUAAAAAUGUGGCUCUCUAUGUUACACAGAAAAAAUCAGAUGAUGCUGAUAAACAACGAGAAGCAUUAGCGUGUGUCAAGGUCGCCCAAGCCGUUCUGUGGACAUUCACUGGAUAUGUGGAUUGGGUUUCCAUGUCGCAUAUCUUUGAAAACAACGGCCGUCUGCUUCAGAUGCUGUGCACCUUACUUAGUGAUGAACAUCUGCAGAUGUAUGCUGCAGAGUGUCUGCUGCUUAUUGUCAGUAGGAAGGGCACAGUUGUGGAACGGAAACCACUCCUCCUUCUCUUCUCUCAAGAUGCCAUGAACACGAUUCUUAGUGCAGCUGUAGUGGCCACAGCUGCAGCCGUCAAUGAGUACCAUUACCUUUUCUUGAAGAAACUAUGCAAUAUCCUGGUCGCCAUUGGAAACCAACUCUGUGCUCUUUGGGGCUCAGAGGCAGAUGUCCACCAACCGCCAAACUUCUUGAAAUAUCUGCAGGCAAUCUUGGCACUGACUGAGCAUCCAAGUCAGAUGCUGGGCAGCAUGACGCAGCCACUCUGGUGUGCCUUCCUGCGCCAUGAGCACAUCUCGAAGGACCCUUUGUUCAAGGAGUAUAUCGUGAAAGUCAUGGAGACCGGGCUGACAUCUUUAGCAAAGGUUGGGUAUCCUUCCUUGACCAACAGUCUGAGCUGUGGAUACGCCUUGCUCGAUUUUGAUAACAACGAUCGAGAAUUCAAUACAUUCUUCUCAAGAUACCGAGCAGAUGUGAUGAAUACCAUCAGAACGACUACGAUUCAGACGCCGUGUAUUGCAUUCAAGAUGGCCACUCAGCGACUUGAUGCUCUCCUUAAGGCCCCGCUUGUCAUUGGAGAAGGGACAGAGACAGACCACUGUAACUUGAGUUCUCCAUCGUACAUCGAAUGGGACGCCAUGACCAGCUUUCUUGAAGCUGUCAUGUCAAGAUGUUCACAGUCACCAGAACCGCAGCCUGGCACCCAGGAAGGUGUCAAGUGGCUCCGCGCUGUACUCUACUAUGAGACAAAGGACCCCCUGAUCCUCUCCCUCCAGUUGUCGUGCAUAUCAGCCCUGUUUGAAUAUCUUGCUCAUGCGCCUCAGCUAGUGGAUGAAGUGCUGGGAAAGAUAUUUUCCACUGUGGUGUUCAAUGUCGAAGGACAGACCAAAUCCAACAGAACAAGAGCUGUUCAAAACGUGAGACGGCAUGCUUGCUCGGGAUUGGUGAAACUUUGCAAGACCUACCCAAAACUGAUCAUGCCAAGUUUUGAGCGCAUGUACCAGCACAUCCAGGACAUCAUUAACAAGGAAGAUCUCCUGUCUUCACUUGAGAAGAUCACCCUGACUGAGUCGGCCAUCAUCAUCAGCAAUGAGUUCAAGAACUAUGAGAAGCAGUCCGCAUUCCUUGCAGAGGUUCUCAAGCCGAGCAAGGAUAUAUGGCUGUCCAAGGAAAUACAAGAUGUGUUCCAAACACCAGCCAGGUUUAUGAGCUUCAUCGGAGUGGACCAGGCCCCAGUUGAACCAAGCUCAGCAGACACCUGUGGCAUCAACAGAGCUAAGCUGCAGUACUGUGUGAGUUUCAUCCAUGCUGUCAUCAACAGAACAAGAUGGCCCACUGAUCCAGAGGAAAUGAGAAGUGGUGGCUUCUUCAUGAAGAUCAGUGAUGGUAUGGAAGUCCCGAGGAAUCCAGCCACACACCAGAUUGGGAAAAUGUUUGCCAAUCUUUUCCCACUUCUCAAGAUCUUAAAUGACAUUUGGCUGCCAGAGAACUUGGCGCAUAGACAUCCUGAAUUCAGCCAAGCAUACGACUUGAUGGAAAGAGAGAAACUACAGGUGCUUGGUAUCGAGCCUAGCCAUGUCACAGACAACACAAACUCAUGCAACUCAAAACAACCACUGGAACGGAUGCAAAACUUCAUCGGUCUGUUGGCGGAAAAUUCGUACCAUGUUCUAGGCAAUGCUGCCCAAUACCUAGGAUACGAAUUCUACACGAGUGGUCUGUUGACCAAACUUCUGCUGGAGACAACAUUCCAAAACAUUGAAAUCGUGCCUGAUCACAAGCUCAAACCAAUAAUCCGUGUGUUCUUAAAACCAUUCGUCCAGUACUGCCCGAAGCAAGCGUAUGAAACAGUUGUCCUGCCGAUAGUCAACAGGAUGGCUCCAUUUAUGUUGGAGAAACUCAGUCAGCAAUGGCAGAAAAUAAACCUGCGUGCUGAAACUUGUGAUGAGGAUGCAGAUGAGAACAAGGCCUCCCAGGAAUGCAUCGAUGACCAACUCUGCCGUCAAGUCACCAGAGAGUACAUGGAGUUUCUGGUGAUUUUGCUCUUUGAAAAGCCCGAGUCGGCCCGUUCAGAUCAAGCAGCUGAUGACAGCAUGAUGGUUGAAGAUGAAAAUCCUGGCACCGUACAGAGGGAAGUGGUUGUGAGUGAACUGGGAACACUUGCUCUCAGAUCAGAGAACACCUGCCAGUCGAUCGUGCUGACUGCCUACAACGCCAUGUCAUGGAAUGACACCUGGGUAUCCCAACGCGCCAUAUGGAUGUGCUGGCCAAUCAUGAAGCAGCUGAUAGCGGACAAGAACAUGGUGGAGACAGUCUCGCUGCAUCUUUUCCAGAGCAUCAUGUUGGGUUUUGAGAUGCAUGGCCAGCAUGACGGCAAUAGGAGUUCCCUCAUGACACUCGCUCUCAAUGCUUAUGAAGUGCUGCGGCCGGAGUAUCCUGAGCUGUUGAACAUCAUGUACAUGAUCCCGAGCUGCACUCCUGAGGCUGUAAAGAAGUUUGAUGAGACCCACUUGUCGACCAAUCCUGCCAAGAAGGUGAACGAGAAAAAGAAGAAAGAUGCUUUUAAGAAGUUGAUCACAGGUGUUAUAUCGGAAAACGUUGGUCAGCGUUUCAAGAAGGAGGCCACCUACACCGCCCUGCCACCGUUGUUCAGAAAGACCAAACUGAAGACAGUCAGCCUGGAUGAGCAAGUAGACUCUAAACUCGGACUCUGUGCAUUCUUUAACACUGAUGAUUGAAGGACCACAGUUGAUUCAUAAGAUGUCACAAUCGCAUUUAUGACAAAUAGACCAAAGCAUUUCGGCAGCUCAAAUAUAAGUGUCAACAUUGAAUUAAUAACCUUUCAACUAUGCAAUUUGAAGAACCGAGUAUCGAGACUGCUUGGGCUGGAUUGACUGUUAAUACUGAUACAGUUGUGUUGCCAAGAGGCACACCUAGUGUUGCCAAAUGGCACACCUAGUGUUGCCAAGAGGCACACCUAGUGUGCCAGUGGUGUACACAGAUUCUGUUAUGUUGUUCUGUUAUGUUGUUUUGUACCGUUAUUGUUCUGAUGUUCUGGCUCAGAGGUACUCACCUGAAGGGUUAAACCAAGGCCACCAGAGUGCUGGUUCUGUGUUCUGGUCAUGUCACCAUUGUAUACUUAUAGACUGAUUUCACCAGCCUUAUUUCGGUCUGUCACACGCUCAGUUUGCAGGGUGGAAGGUUCAAUAAUACUUCCUCCCAGUGCAGUGAGUUAUUGUGCAUCUCUGUGCACGAGAUAUCCAUGGCAGCGAUCGAGGUGGAAAGCAUCCAUAGGCAUGAUAGGGUUGUUGUAUGUGUGUAUUUUCAUGGUAAUCGUUGAAUUAAUUGAAAAUCCACCUACACUUGCCAUUUUCUUAUCACCAGUGUUGUCUUUUUCGAAGCAUUUUGGAAACAAUGUUCAUGGUUGCUUUGUCUUGUUGUUAGUGUAAGAAUGCAUUUCUGAUGUUAAAUCUUUUGUUGUUGAGAUUAUGUACGAGAUGUUUAUGAAGUAAUCCUGUUUUGCAAGAAAAUGGUCAGAAAAUUGAGAAAAAAAAACAAUUAUCUGGCACUA